GGAAUGCCGGUUUUUAAUCAAAAUUUGGUUGUAAACAAAAACGUGUUUGUUUAAAAUUCUUCAAUUACCAGCCGUCAUUCGCGAUUUUUCGUGACUUGAAUAACCAUUUAAAUCACAUUCAUUAGAAUUAAAUAUAUCAAUCCUAUUUUGAUUGCUAGUGCUACUGUGACGAUGUCUGAAGGAACUGAGAAUUGUACCAUUGAUCCAGAGGAUGUUAUCAAGAUUUUAGUGGCCAGUGAUAUUCAUCUCGGUUAUAAUGAGAAGGAUAUUAUUAGAGGUGAAGAUAGUUUUAUUGCCUUUGAAGAAGUUCUUCAGCACGCACUGGAGAACGAUGUGGAUGCGGUCAUCCUGGGGGGCGAUUUAUUCCACAUUGCCAACCCUUCGACCAACACUCUGAACCGGUGCACUCGGUUGCUGAAAACAUAUAUGCUUGGUGAUAAGUCUAUCAAACUAGAGUUCCUUAGUGAUCAGAAUGAGAACUUUCUGGCAUCGCUUAACAAUACAGUCAACUAUGAGGAUCCGAAUAUGAACAUUGCCAUUCCAGUGUUUUCCAUUCAUGGAAAUCAUGACGAUCCGAGUGGAUUCGGUCAAAUCAGUUCGCUGGAUCUGCUGAAUACCAAUGGCUACGUUAACUAUUUUGGCAAAUGGACUGACCUAACCAAAAUCAGCAUUAAUCCAAUUUUGCUGAAGAAAGGCGAAACAAAGCUGGCUUUGUAUGGACUCAGUUAUAUCAGUGAUCCAAGACUGGCACGGCUCUUCAACGAAGCGAAGGUGGUUUUGGAGAAACCCGAGACCUCUGGUUGGUUCAAUAUUAUGGUACUGCACCAGAAUAGAGCGGAUCGUGGACCAAAGAAUUAUCUGCCGGAAAAGUGUCUUCCAGGUUUCCUGGAUCUCGUCAUUUGGGGCCACGAGCAUGACUGCCGUAUCGUGCCUGAGGAGAACCCAACAAAGAAAUUUUACGUCAGUCAGCCUGGAUCGACGGUUGCCACUUCGCUGGCAGAGGGAGAAGCAAUCGACAAGUGCUGUGGAAUUAUCAGCAUCUAUAAGAGCCAAUUUCGGUUGGAUCCAAUUCCCUUGCAAACGGUGCGGCCUUUCAUCUUUGAGUCCGUCAACUUGGCGCAUGUUUCCGAUGAGCUACAGUUGGACGAAGGAGAUGUUCAGCAAAAAGUGCAAGCUUUUGCUGCGGAAAAAGUGGAAGCGAUGAUUGAGAGAGCGAAGGGAAAGCUAACUGGGAAUCUGAGGCAGCCAAAGUUGCCUUUGAUACGUCUGCGGUUGGAAGUGACCGAAGUUGAUCAGCAGUUUAAUGCAAUUCGUUUUGGCCAGCAGUACAGCGGCCGGGUUGCGAAUCCGCAGGAUAUGAUAACUUUCAAGAGAAGGGUUACACGGUCGAAGGAUGAGAUUAAACCGUUGGAUAGGGAAGCCUUGAAUGAGGCGUAUCAGAAUCAACGGGAGACAGCUGCGAAACGAGCGGAGGAGGUGGUGGAACGUUACUUUAAAGAAGCAAACGAGGAUAAGCAACUAGAAAUACUGUCGUCUAAAAGCAUGACGGAGCUGACGCGACGAAUGGUUGACUACGGGGAUGAUGAUGCUGCUGAAAACAUUAUCAAAUUUUGCGAGAAACAGGCUAUGCUAUUUCUGGAAAAAUGUACGGUAAAUGAGGAUAACAUUGAUGAAGCCCUAGCUAAUUUCCAUGCCAAAGAGCAGGAAGUCCACAACGAAAUGCUUAAGAUGCUAGACUCGCGCAGUCACAAACGGUCCGAUCCCAGCGAACGUUUGUUGGAUGAGGAUGACAACGACGACAGUGAAAAUAAACCGAACAUUUCAUCGGUAACAACAUUUGCUGCUCCAACUGCUACCACCCGUGGUGGUCGCGGUAGCCGAGGUGGCAGAGGUUCUCGGGCGGCCAAUAAUAGCAGCUCGGCAAGCCGGGGCAGAGGACGUGGAAAAACUGCUUCUAGUAGUUCUACAAGUAAAAUUGACUCAUUUCUUACCAGUACUGCAAAGCCUGAAUGUCGCAAAAGCGGCAGAAAGGUCUCUAAAGUCAUAUAUCUUUCUGAUGAUGAUGAUUAAAUGUUGAAUAUUAGCUGAAAA